UGGAUUGGAAUUAGCGCUUGCAACUGAAUUUCGUGUUUGGAAUAUGUACGAUGAUGAUAAACGGUUUAGCGAAAGUGAAAAGUUAAUUGAAAAAGCUCGUCAAAAGCUUUUAUGUUUCGUGGACUUUUCCUGUUCGCAAAAAUCUAUGCCUCGGUUUCUAGACGAUGUUCUUGGAUAUGCCUGACCACGGUUAAAACCAUUUGCCCAGCGACGCGAAUGCUCAUUUCACCGCCGUUCAACCAUGUUGAUCGAGAACUGCCCCAUAAUCAGCGUGAACAUUCGGGUCUGGCUGUUCUGGGGUUACCUCCGACAGACCAAGUGGCACAGUUAUCUGGUCGGUUGCAUCCCGGUUGCGGUGCUGAAUGUGUUUCAAUUUAUGAAUCUGUUUCACAUCAUACUGUCCGGCACCGGCGACAUGAACAAAAUUAUAAUCGACGGAUACUUUACGGUGCUGUACUUUAAUCUGGUGCUCCGGACCUCGUUUCUGAUGACCAACCGGCGGAAGUUUGAACGUUUCUUCGAGGGAAUAGCCGACGAGUACGAAGAGCUGGAGAAACAAAACGACAUCCGGCCUCUGCUGGAACGGCUAACCCGUCGAGCACGGAUCCUGUCCAAAUCGAACCUCUGGCUGGGAGCAUUCAUCAGUGGCUGCUUUGUGACUUAUCCUCUUUUCUCGCCGGAAAAUGUCCUCCCGUACGGAGUGUUCGUUCCGGGCGUCGAUGUACACGCGACGCCAAUUUACGAAAUAGUGUUUAUCCUGCAAAUCUAUCUCACCUUGCCGGCCUGCUGCAUGUACAUCCCGUUCACCAGCUUCUACUGUACCUGUUCACUGUUCGGAUUGGUGCGGAUUGCAGCACUGAAACGGUCACUGGAGAGGAUCCAUGAGCACAACCGGUCCGAGCAGGCGAUGCUUUCGAGAAUGAAGGAGUGCUUGCAGUAUCACAAGGAAAUUAUCAGAUACGUUGGCGACCUUAACGAGCUGGUGACCUACAUUUUCCUGCUGGAGCUGCUAUCGUUCGGUAUGAUGCUAUGCGCGCUACUAUUUCUCCUGAGCAUUAGUAACCAACUAGCUCAGAUGGUAAUGAUUGGAUCGUACAUCUUCAUGAUUCUGUCGCAAAUGUACGCCCUCUACUGGCACUCGAACGAGGUCCGUGAGCAGAGCCUGGAAAUCGGCGACUCACUGUACUACAAUAGCGCUUGGCUCAACUUUAGCACCCCGGUCAAAAAGAUGAUUAUUUUGAUGGUUGCACGAGCGCAGCGUCCAUUAGCGAUCACGAUCGGGAAUGUGUAUCCGAUGACGCUGGAAAUGUUUCAAUCUCUGCUGAAUGCAUCCUACUCGUACUUUACGCUGCUCCGACGGGUCUACAAUUGAGUUCAGGUUGGUUGGUGUAAAAAAUUGAUGGAAAUAGGGAUGAACGAUUUUAAUACCUUCUUAGUCAUUUUUUUGGAAUCAAAUAAUCCUGUUUGUGGAAGAGGCGUCAGUCAAGCUAUGAUUUUUUUCUGCAAAUUGAGCAUAGUAA